GGCUUCUUUCUCCUUGACCGCUGGUUUGUGUUUUUUUUUUUCCAAUCUAUUUAAUACUCUGCCCCUGGCCUGGGUAGCUUUAGCUUGUAGUAUAUACUAUACUAUCAUAUCAUUACUAUCUCAAGACACCUUCCCGUCCCUACUUAUCUUCCCAGAGGGUAUAGUAACCUUCGUACCUUUCUCGUCGUGACUUUCAACAUACUGUGAAUGAGCCAUGGAGCCAAAUCGCCCCAAGCGACACCUCUUAUCAUUACCGGCGGAGAUCCGGAUCCUAAUCUAUAAGGCGGUGUUUGAUGAUAACGAUGUCUGUGAAAUCCAACGCAGGCCCAUUCCCGUCUGGUGUCCGGUCGACAAAUGCUGGUAUACAGCCCGGCGACAGUUCAUGGCUGACCAGACGAAUCGAAAUAGCUGGGAUGGCUUCUGUUCACAUCCGGGUUGUCAAACAAAACAAGGCCAAACAGUCAGUCGUGACAUCUACGUCGGCCAUGGUCCACUCAUAGCUUCCGGGCAUUAUCCUUGCCCCAAAUCCCUGGAGAGGAAUCCGGCGCUUAGUCUCGGCUUCCUUCGCACCUGUCGUCAGGUAUACGAAGAGGCAAGACAUUUCCCCUAUAGUCGAGCCACCUUUUUCACCCAAGAGCUUGGCAGCUUUGCCAACUUCACCUAUUCCUUGAAAGCAUGGCAGGUGGCUUCCAUAGCCCAUCUCAGAAUCCGGAUUCCAUUGGUGCAGAGCGUAGAGACACAUCUGGCCGAAUGGAACGAAACACUUUCUUUGAUCAGCCUGGCGUUCCAUGGCUUGUCUACGAUUUCUGUGGAUGUCCACUUCCGCUAUGCUGAGCAAACCUGGAGGGACACCUUCUGGGAUGGCGGACUCCUAGAAUUGGAUCGGUUAAAGUUGAAGGGCAUGCAACUCGUCAUCUACGAGGGGGAAAGAAACCCCAGACAAUUCUUCGAGUAUUCGGCGGGGACCCUGGCAUCUGCACAGCCGAAUCAGAAGGCUGCCACUCCCAACCCCAUCAGCUUCCACCAUGCCCGUGAUACCCUUCGACAACGGGACCAGUCGCGCAUUGAUCCCAACGAUACCGGUCGCCUAUUUUUCCGCCUCUCGCCCAACGACUUCCCCCUCUAUGUAUGCAAUCUCAUCCACUUGCUUCCUCAGCGGCCUCGCACUGAAGCGGAGAUCCGGCGCGAGGAUAGACAUCAGCGGGACUACAAUUACCACUACGCCUAUCCUGAGGACGACCCUGAACACGUGAACCCAAUCUUCGGCUUCCAGUUCAGUGACGCUCUCAAGGGAAACAAGGAUGAGAUUGCGCGAGGGCUUGAUAAGCUGCAACGGUCUCGCAAACGCUUGCAGCAGCAGAAGGCCAAGUCACCCUUACCUAUGCCCUACAAGCCCAGUCGGAGAGGUGUCUACCCACAAAGUCGGAGGAAUAGCCAGGAGUAUCAAUCCGACCGCAGUGAUAUGGGCGAGGAGAUUGAGCGUCCCGGAGAUUGGAGACGCCGUUUGGUUCAGGAAAAGUUUGCCCCGUUUAUGGAGUCCUUCCCCUUGUCAGCGACCCGAAAAUACCCCGGACCCCAGAGCAUUUGUUUGAAUUGCCCACGAGAGGCCACUGGAGACAGCGAGCAUGUGAAAUAAAAGUUUGCAAAUAGUCUCUCACUGCAUGUAUAUAGUGAAGACAUGAUUCAUUUCCUUAAUAAAGAAGCAAUAGUC